UUGUGUUGUAUCCUCUCUGAAUUUAAUCCACUCGUCUUAGCCUGGUUCUAAAAUGGUGAUGCUAUCCUUCUGUGGAAUCAUUCUCAUAAUUUAUCUAUCCUCUCCAUCCCUCCUUCUACAAAUUAAUUCCAUAAGCAUUCAUUGGGCGCACUCUGUGGGCCAGACACUUAUCUAGAUUCUGGGGAUACGACAGUCAAUUAAAGAUACAAAAAUCACUUUCUUGAUGGAGUUGACAUUCUAAAGAUGUGAGACACUGAAUAAAGGAAAUCAGUAAAAUACAGCAUUUUAGUUGGUGAUACGUGCCACAGAAGAGAAAAGUGGGAGGAAGGAAUGUUGGUGGGCGAAUUGAAAUUUUAAAUCAGGAGAAAACCUAGCUGAGAAGCUAACCUUUGAGUAAAGAUGCAAAGGAAAUGAGAUGGCACUAUCAGGGAGAGAAUGUCCAAGCAGAAGAGCAACAAGGGGGAAAAUCCUGGAGGAGAAAGGAUGCUCAGCCUGGUCAGGGGACAGUGAAUAGACCAGAGGGGUCAGAGUGGAAGGACCAACAGAGAGAGGAAAAGACGAUGGAAGACGUCAUAGCACGCAUGCAAGAUGAAAAAAAUGGAAUUCCUAUUCGUACUGUCAAAAGCUUUCUUUCCAAGAUACCUAGCGUCUUCUCUGGGUCGGACAUUGUUCAAUGGUUAAUAAAGAACUUAACCAUAGAAGAUCCAGUGGAGGCACUCCAUUUGGGGACAUUAAUGGCUGCCCAUGGCUACUUCUUUCCAAUCUCGGAUCAUGUCCUCACACUCAAGGAUGAUGGCACCUUCUACCGGUUUCAAACACCCUAUUUUUGGCCAUCAAAUUGUUGGGAGCCGGAAAACACAGACUAUGCGGUUUACCUCUGCAAAAGAACGAUGCAGAACAAGGCAAGGCUGGAGCUAGCCGACUAUGAAGCUGAGAGUCUGGCCAGGCUGCAGAGGGCAUUUGCCCGGAAGUGGGAGUUCAUUUUCAUGCAGGCAGAAGCACAAGCAAAAGUGGACAAGAAGAGAGAUAAGAUCGAAAGAAAGAUCCUUGAUAGUCAGGAGAGAGCGUUCUGGGAUGUGCACAGACCCGUGCCUGGAUGUGUAAAUACCACUGAAGUGGACAUUAAGAAGUCAUCCAGAAUGAGAAAUCCACACAAAACACGAAAGUCUGUCUAUGGUUUACAAAAUGAUAUUAGAAGUCACAGCCCUACCCACACACCCACACCGGAAACUAAACCUCCAACAGAAGAUGAGUUACAACAGCAGAUAAAAUAUUGGCAAAUACAGUUAGACAGACAUCGGUUAAAAAUGUCAAAAGUUGCUGAUAGUCUGCUGAGUUACACGGAACAGUACGUAGAAUAUGACCCAUUUCUUGUACCACCUGACCCUUCUAACCCAUGGUUGUCUGAUGAUACUACCUUCUGGGAACUUGAAGCAAGCAAAGAACCAAGCCAGCAGAGAGUGAAACGAUGGGGCUUUGGCAUGGAUGAAGCAUUGAAAGACCCAGUUGGGAGAGAACAGUUCCUUAAAUUUCUAGAGUCAGAAUUCAGCUCAGAAAACUUAAGAUUCUGGCUAGCAGUGGAGGACCUGAAGAAAAGGCCUAUUAGAGAAGUCCCCUCUCGAGUUCAGGAAAUAUGGCAAGAAUUUCUAGCUCCAGGAGCCCCCAGUGCCAUUAACUUGGAUUCUAAGAGCUAUGACAAAACCACACAGAAUGUGAAGGAGCCCGGACGAUACACAUUCGAAGAUGCUCAGGAGCACAUUUACAAACUGAUGAAAAGUGACUCAUACCCACGUUUUAUAAGAUCCAGUGCCUAUCAGGAGCUUCUACAAGCAAAGAAAAAGGGGAAAUCUCUCACGUCAAAGAGGUUAACAAGCCUCGUUCAAUCUUAUUAAAAGGAUCGUCUUGUAGCAUGAGAGCGAACUGGAGUCAUUGCAUAUACUUUGUAGUUCUUUGUCGUUACCUGGAGCAGAGGACGUUAGACUAAGAUCUUGCAUGAGCAAAGGACUUGAAUUGUUCUUUCUGUGUGUACAUUACGGCAUUGCCAUCUCCAAGGGACUCUGCCAUCUUGAUGCCUCCAUUUCAAAAUGUCUGCUAACUUCCUCCUUGUACUGAGCUGGAUCUGUGUCUUUUCCUUUUUAACAAUUCAAGUGAAGUAAACCUUUCCCCCCCCCUUUCUCUCCUUCCCUUAAAGCUUCUUCUAGACACACAGUUCACUAGAAAUUCAGUCAGUCACAAACUGGAAGAAUUGUAAAAGGAAAAAAAAAACAUAUAUCAAUAAGUAUACAUAUGGCUUCACAUUUAUUAAAUAAGAAAUUAGCACAGAAAGUUCAUUUCACCAAUAUAUCACAGUCAGAAACAAGCUCAUGUCUUUGUUGCCUUUACAUUCUCGGUUAAUGUUCUUGCAUUUAUUUUUAUACCAUAUUUAAAUAAGAGACACCUUUUACUCCAAAUGUAUUAAAGUUGACCCCUUCUCUGUAAAUUUGUGUAUGUUUAUAUUGUUGUUUUAUCUUUCAUUAAAAGAUGCAUAAUCUCGUUGUUUUUGUUAA